UAUCAUUAUAGUAAAAUUUCAAAAUUCGAUCUCUAAACAUAAACAGAAAAAGUUAUGUCAUUUAUUUAAUUAUAUUGUACAAAAAUCACAUUUAUUUAUUGAAAAUAUCUUUAGAUUCGAUCGUUUAAUAUUAUUUACAAACUAUCAUGGAGACAUGCGUUAGAGGAUUUUCUUUUAUGCCAGAUACGAAAGUCGAUGUGGUAGAUUUAAAAUACGUUGAAAGUGAGGAAUUAGAGAGAACUUGGAAAACAACAAGAAGAGAACGUCUUAAACAGCAAGAAAUGAAAAUUUGGGAAGAAUUCGUUAAAGAAGAAGACAUUGUUCGUAAUAUUAGUCGAGAUGAUCCAUAUCAAUUCAUAGAUCAAUUGCCCGAGUCACGUAUAAAGGAACUAUUAGAUGUGGAACUGCAGAAAAUGAAACAAGAAAUUGAAGAAGUUGAGGCUGACGAGAUUGAAGGGACUGAUCACAAAGAAGUGAACAAUCAACAUGUGGUGACAUUUACUGAAGAUAUUGAGAAGGAAUGUGGAAUGUUAAACAUAUUUGAUGAUGAUAAAGACGAUGAUGUCUCUGGACCAGAAGAUGAAGUGCUUAAUGAUUCCAUUGGAAGUCCAUGCACAGUGCGAGAGAGACAGGUAGAAGACGAUACUCAAUUGCCAGUCUCAAAAAAUCAAAGUUCAGAUAAAAUAUCCUGUAAAUCUUCAGAUGAGAAUGUGACUGAUAUGAUAGAAAGCAAUAUCUACAGCGCUAAGAUCAAGGAAUUGAAGAUCAAAAUCAAUGAGGAACUCGUUAGUAUUCUUGAGUUUUUGGAAAAAGAAGACUUCAGGAGCAUGGAUCCAGUGGAUGUUCCGAAAAUGAUGAAACGCUCCGCCGAGUUCAGUUCGCGGUUCAGUCGCGUGCACGUGUAUCCGCUACAGCGACAGGUGACGUCACCACUGGCGGAGCUCGAGCGGCAGGCGCGCGCGGGCGCGGCGGCGCGACACACGCACGCGCGCGCGCACCGCCCGCGGCUCUGCGCGCUGCUGCACGGCCUGCUCGCCGCGCUGCAGAUGUUCCGCAAGUGCGAGGGCGGCGCGGGCGGCGCGGGCGGCGCGGGCGGCGCGGGGGGCGGGCUGCGCGCGCUGGCGGCGCUGGUGCGGCGCGCGGCGGGCUCGGCCGAGGCGCACGAGGUACAAGCGACGUGUGGCAAGUUGGACGAGGUGCUCGAGAACUACACUCGACGGCUGACCGAAUAUUUGAACAGUAUCGAGAGUUCAAGCGCUUCGUCGUCAAGAAAACUCAGCAAAUUGAAAGGGAAGAAGAAAUCUAUAGGCACUUGGUCUAAAACUGGAAGCGAAUCGUCACCGAAUUAA